CACAACUCCAAGUCGAAGAAAGUCCGCCGCAGUCAUUUCACAUCGUGCACUGCGCGCAAGCAUGGGCAUGGCGGUGGCCGAGUCGACAAAGAAGCCCCGCGCGAUGCUGCCGCCCAAGCUCGUCAUGACCGAGAACGAGUACCUCACCCAGUACAUGCACACGCUGCAAGAGAAGCUCCGGCAUCUCCAGACGCGACAGACGACGCUACUGCCGUGGGCCGACGUUGUCCGGGCGCUCGCCGACGAGACGCUGCAGUGCGUGCACACCAACCGCCAGCUCUGGCGCCGUGUCAACGACCACGUCGCCGUCCUGGACCUCUUGCACGCGUGGAUUCAGAGCACGUUGGACUCGACGUCGGCGCACCACUGGUCGCGGUCGCCACGCCUCUUUGCCGGCGAUGUCUUGCCCCGCCACUUUGCCAUCAAGUGGCUCGCGAUGCAAAUGUACCACCAGCGCGAGACGGCGUUCGCACAUGCCGAUGCUUUUGGGAACGAAGAUGCCUCGUUUGUCCGCGCACAGCCCACCGGCGGGUUUGUGGGCGUUGCUCAGCUCUUUUCACCGCACACGAUCGACUCGAUUGUGGACGCGUGGGUCAUGGGGCAAGCCGAGUACGCCGUUCACUCGUCGACGAUGGCGGUGGUCGUCACGUCGCCCGAGGUUGACAUAGCCUACGCUCGCGAGACGACGGCGCUGAGUCCAAACCAGUGGCUGGUGGGCAACUGCAUUUACGGCCGCUUCACGCAGCGUGAGUCUAAAGCCACGACAAUUGUCAUGCGGACGAUGACCAACGACGAGAUGCAACCGAUCGAUAUGCCGCUCUGGACCGCGGGCUGUCAACUCUGGAUAUCGAUGGCGAAAGCAACCGAGACGACAACAUGCGUCAAAGUCUAUUUUUCCAUGGACCACCCGCGGUCGUCCCAUGGUCCCAUUGAUUUGAUCGAGCUCACAAGAGCGCUAGAGACGCUGCCGAAUAUCACUGCUCUCGAGCGCGUCGUCCGAGCACGCUGCCGCGAAUUUCAAACGCGGUUGCUAGCGUAUGUCUACUCGUUUCUGAACACGAAAUAAAACGUGGUGUACACUAAUACAAUCUUGC